AAGAGCUGGCAGCUCCUGAAGGAAAAGGGCUUGUGCCGCUGCCGUUCAAACUUGUCAGUCAACUCGUGCCAGCAGCCUCAGCGUCUGCCUCCCCAGCACACGCUCAUUUUAUGGGUCUGUCUGGCCUGAUCUGUGCAUCUGCUUAGAGACGCUCCUGACAAGUCUGGAAUUUCUCCUUUUCGCCACUGGUGUGAAGAACGGAUUUCUCCCUGUGUCUCCGCUGUCAUCCCAACUCCUCUCCCCAAGGAGCUUCCUUGCUUUAUGGUAGCUUUGGAUUUCCUUCACCGACUGCCUGUACUUGAUUUCUAGAAUGGAAGAAGCUGAGCUGGUGAAGGAAAGACUACAGGCCAUCACAGAUAAAAGAAAAAUACAGGAAGAAAUCUCACAGAAGCGUCUGAAAAUAGAGGAAGAAAAAUUAAAGCAUCAGUAUUUGAAGAAAAAGGCCUUGAGGGAGAAAUGGCUUCUGGAUGGAAUCAGCAGUGGAAAAGAACAGGAAGAGAUGAAAAAGCAAAAUCAACAAGACCAGCAUCAGAUCCAAGUUCUAGAACAAAGUAUCCUCAGGCUUGAGAAAGAGAUCCAAGAUCUUGAAAAGGCUGAACUGCAAAUCUCAACCAAUGAAGAGACAAUUUUAAAGAAACUAAAAUCAAUUGAGAGGACAACAGAAGACAUAAUAAGGUCUGUGAAAGUAGAAAAGGAAGAAACAUCAGGAGAGUCAAUUGAAGACAUCUAUGCCAAUAUCCCAGAUCUUCCAAAAUCCUACAUACCUUCCAGGUUAAGGAAGGAAAGAAAUGAAGGAGUAGAAGAUGAUGAACAAAACAGAAAAGCUUUGUAUACCAUGGAAAUUAAAGUUGAAAAGGAUUUGAAGACUGGAGAAAGUACAGUCCUAUCUUCAAUACCUCUCCCCUCAGAUGACUUUAAAGGUACAGGAAUAAAAGUUUAUGAUGACGGGCAAAAGUCAGUAUAUGCAGUAAGCUCUAAUCCCAGUGCCACAUUCAAUGGCACUGAUGACCUGGCCCCAGUUGAGGUAGAAGAACUUUUAAGACAAGCAUCAGAGAGAAACUCUAAAUCUCCAACAGAGUACCAUGAGCCUGUUUACGCCAACCCAUUUUGUGGGCCUACAACUCCACAGAGAGAGAAGGUAACCUCUGGACCAAACUUUCAAGAAAGGAUGAAGAUUAAAGCUAACGGAUUAGGCAAUAAUGUAAAUGAAUCCAUACACAAUAUGGACAAUGGACUUUCAAAGGAAAGAGGCAAUAGCUUCAAUCAUGUCAGUCCCAUUCAGCCAAUACCUCAACCCCGAUCAAUGAUUCAACAAGCAGCGGAGACACCUCAUGCUCCACAAAAAAGGCUGAUGACUCCUUGGAAAGAACAAAAUGAAAUGAAGGACAAAUAUGCACCCUCUCCAAAGGCAAGACUGAGCCCCAGCAAAGCACAAGUUGGGAAAUUGGAACCCCAGGGCUCUUCACUGACUUGCCAGGAGGAUGAGGAAGAUGUUAGAUACAAUAUUGUUCAUUCCCUGCCUUCUGACAUGGAUGAUUCAGAACCUGUGACAAUGAUUUUCAUGGGGUAUCAGCAGGCAGACGAUAAUGAAGAAGAGAAGAAGCUUCUGACGGGAUAUGAUGGGAUCAUCCAUGCCGAGCUGGUUGUGAUUGAUGAUGAGGGAGAGGAGAGUGAAGAAGCUGAGAAGCCAUCCUACCACCCUGUGGGCCCCUAUAGUCAGGUUUAUCAGCCUGCCAAACCAACACCACUUCCUAGAAAGAGACCAGAUGUUAGUCCCCAGGAAAACACAAACCAUAAAUCUCCCCACAAAAAUUCCAUAUCCCUGAAGGAGCAAGAAGAACGCUUAGGCAGCCCUGUCCGCCAUUCUCAGCUUGAUGUUCAGAUAGCAGGAGAUGGGACUGAAGAUCCAUCCUUAACAGCUUUAAGGAUGAGAAUGGCAAAGCUCGGGAAAAAAGUGAUUUGAGAAGUGUACAUCUAUAUAAACAUCCUUUGGUGAAGAAACUAAGAAAAGUUUGCAAAUUUCUCUUCUGGAUAUUUUUGUGUUUUUUUUUUCCUGAAAUCCAAAGUAUUAUGCUAUAUACCCAUAUUGUCAUGUGAAUAAGCAGUAGUCAUUAUUUGUGAAAAAUUCUGAAAAGACUGGAGAGAAGAAAUGCUUGACUUUUCCAGUGACUUUACAUGAUUCAGUGGAGGGAGGAGGAGACUAGCAUAUUUUUAAUGUAUUGAUACCAAAGCAUUUCUAAUAGCUUGUUAAAAUUAAGAAUAAAGUUAUUUAACAUAGUCUGACUAUAUUAUGUUAACUGGCAUUGUAAUUUUGCUAAUACAUAGAUUCAGAGAUCA